UGGCUUUUUAUUUAUUUUGUUCCAAUGAUGAUCAGGUAUAAAAUGGUGUUAAUUCUAUUGGUGAUCGUUUGCGGUGCAAAUAUCGCACAUGGACAGCAUCCGCCCGGCGAGAUUCAUCAUCAUCAGCAACCAGAGUUUCAUCACGAUUAUUCGAUACCACCUCAACAUUUGGAUCAGAAUCAUUUGGAUCCGCACAAUUUGGAUCCACAUCAUUUGGAUCAACAGUAUUUGGAGCAGGAAAAUCACGGAGAAGAAGGCGAUCCUAUUGUUGGUAUCGGUCUUGGGAUUCCUAUUGUAGAUGCUUUAGCACUUGGAGCUAAAGCUAAAGCUGCUGUUCUCACUUCUGUGGCUGGAGCUCAUGCCUUAUCCUUGAAAGCCAGGGCUGAUAUUCACAAGCAUAUCCAAGAGGCAAAGAUCCAUCAUGAUUUGCUUUCGGCUCGUGCUAGAGCUAACAUCCAUAACGCUUUGUAUUAUGGUCAUCAUCCGAUCUUAGGUGCUGCCAAUCAUGAAGCAGGUCCAGAAGAUACCAAAGAAGCCAUCAUGCAGGAGGUAGAUGAAGCCAUGUCAGAUUAUCCAAGGGAAGUCACCGAAAACGUAGGAUUGAUGCACGAUCUUCUCAGUCAUCGGAUAGUGAAACGUUCAAAUUUGAAGCGAGAUGAAGAUCUGUUUGUUUGGUCCUUAAAUAACGGUAAUAAUUUUAGAAGCUCAGAUUCUGAUGUACCUAGAGAAUCGUACAAUGUUAAGCUAUUGGGAAACACGGAUUUCUGGAAGAAUCAUCAAAUCACAAAGCAGACUCCUAUUGAUAGUUACUUUCCUAAGGAUCUGAAGCACACUGAAAGCGAUAGCUUGGUCUCUGUAUAUCCAGGUGAUUGGAAACCUGACUCGCAUGAUGGCAUCAAUGAUUAUAAAGUAACACCUAGCAGCUUCGAUAUUCCCGAUAAGUUAAGGGAAGCCAAUCCUGAUUCGAGACAUUUUAACCAUCAUUUUUUCCAUAAAAGACCUUUUGGCUUCCACCCGGGUAAUCAGCAACCACAAGUUGAUCAUUGGGGAAAACCCAUAUCUCAUAAUCCCGUUAUAAACCCUAUUAUAAACCCUGUUCAUCCCGGGAUUGAUUUUAACUCGUUUAAACCAAACGCCGGAUUGGAUUUAUCGCACGUUAAACCUACUCAAGUCACAAUUAAUAACCAGCAAAACACCUUCUCCAACGCCGUUUCAGGAGGAUCAAACGGUAACCAGAAAAUACAAGUAUCUCAAGUCAACGGACCCGGAACCUCUCAACAAGUUUCAUCUGCAUCCUCGGAAUUCGUAUCAUCUCCUUACUUGCUCCAUUUUCCCGAAUACAGAAGAAGCCAUCACAAGAAACGCUCGCUGAAAAGUGAUUUAAAGGCUAACAUCUUAACGGAUGAAGAUAUUAGAUUCAUUGAUCGAUUGCAUAAAGAAUUUUGGAACGAACUUAAAGUUGACGAUUGGAAAGCUAUCAAGAAGACUUCAAGACCAAGCAAUGAAAUUUUUAAAUUGAGACCUUUGAUGAUUGAAUCCAUUUCCAGAAAGAAACGUUCGUUACCGUUAUUACGCCUGAUGGCUGAUCCUAAUGCUAAAUUGGAUAUGCCUAAAACUUUGGAGAACGUUGGGACAAUCGCAAGAAACAGUUUCGAGGAUAAGAGAGCUCCCAUGUAUCACGUGAAAAAUUUCGUAGGGUCAACAAAAAACGCCGUUCUUUCAGCCCUAAAGAUGGCUCCGCAAGAGCUAAUAAUUCCCUCUCAAUACAAGAUAGUAGACACAAGUAAAGAUGUUGUGAUGAAACCUGCUGAAGUUGCUGCGAUUAAAGCUCGAGCUCAAGCGCAACCUCCUGCUAUUGCUCCUAUCGAUCUAAGACCUAAGACUUUGAAAGAGCGCUUCGAGAUGUGGCGAAUGCAGAAAAAUGCUCCUAAAAUGGAAAGCAAGAUAUUACCGAAAGUUGAACCUAUCUUAGGUCAAGCAGCUCCUGUCCAACCGCAAGACCCCAUAGUUGAUACUUUCCAGAAAUUCGGGUCCGUCAUCAGAGAUAGCAUCAAGUCCGGACACGAAACUAUUCAACAUAUAAGCGAUGCAGCUCACAGCGCUCGAAAAGUGUUUACCACAGCAAGAUUUGCAGCUCCAAGAGUAUUGCUUCCUUAUGCCAGAGCCCCAACUCUUCAGAAAGAUAAGAAGCUCAUGAUGAUUUCACCGAGGUUCUUGGAUAUAACAGACGACGACCAAAUUAAGCACGAACCCAAUUACGUGAAAAUGGGCGAUCUCAUGGACGCUUUCGGUGUUUCUAAUCCGGAAAACGAGAAAGUCGGUUUAAUGCGAAUCAUUAUACAGAAGAACAAGCCUUUGGUAGCCGAAGCUGCCUUUCCUAUAUUACAAUCGCGCUUCGGAGGAGAUGAAGAAAACGAUGAGAUUGUGGAGAAGGUAAAUAAGUUUUACGUGAUCAGCGAAGAUAUCGAAGAAGAUGAUUUGGAGAGCGCUCUUCAAGGAAUUAAAGAUGCUAUUGGCGUUGAAAGCGUCAAAGACUUUUUGCAAGAAAUGAAGAACGAUUUCAACGCUAUGAGAGAAAACAUUAAAAAUAAAGAAAUUGUUUCACAACCUUCAAAAGUUAAAGAUGAUGAUAUCGAAGACGCAGAGUUGGAUGAGUUUCUGAGAGAUAUGUUUAAACAGCAGCAACAUGAGGAUCAGAAGGAGAAAGUCGGAAUUGGUCUUAAUUUACCGGAAAAUCUCUUGAAACCGUUCAUGGCACAACCUACCAACGAUGAUUUGGCUCAAUUCUUCAGGGAUAAUGGAGAUGAUGAUGAGGAGAGAAAGUACGUACCUAAUCUAUCUUCCAGGAGUUUUGUGUCAGCCAUCAAUCCUGAAUUAUAUAAAGAGAAAUUCAAUGAAACUUUGGAGAUCGACUCUGAGGCUAACGUCAAGAACCCCGAGAAGUUCUUUAUAAAAGAUUCGAACUCUAGCGCAAUCGUUGGGAGCUCGAAUCCUUUAGAUGAGGAUGAACGCAGGACUAGCAUGAAGUUCCAUGAUAAACUGUUGAAGCCUUUCUUAGGUAAAGUGGAUGUUUCAGAGGAAUACGGAACGCCUUUCGACGGAUAUUAUCAAAGACCUUACAACGAUGACGACGAUGGAUACGAGGAUGAUAAAUAAACAUUGUUUAGUUUUUUUUUUAUAAAUAAAUUUA